AUGGAUGAUGGGCCACUUGGAGAGGAUCACCAUCAUGGCGACAACAACAACAACGACGAAGGCCAACAUCAUCAUAAUCAUCAACACAAUCAUCAUAAUCAUGAUAAUGGAUGCCACAAUGUGGAUGAUGCCGCAGUGGAACAGGGCGAUUUGACCUCGGAAACAGUCAGUAUCAGUCUGGAAAGUUUGAUAAGGGAUGUCCACCAACCUUCAGAGUUGGAGGGCAAGCGUAAUAAGUCAGCAUUGGAGUUCACAAUGGGUUAUGGACAGGAUGAGAUUGAAAUCGAUUCCAGCCAGCCGUGGAACAAUCGUGAUCUUUCAAACAGCGCCACUUCACAUGUCAAUCUACAACUUUCCAACUUUAGCGAUGAUGAUCAAGAUAGCAGCGACGAUGAAUAUGACAGUCUUGAAGUGUCAAUGGAUCGCGGAGACAGAGACCUGCGGCGACCCACCUCUGCCGCCAACACCAACUCCACACGCGCAACUGAGCUUGGCCAGAGAUUGAAGUCAUACGACUGCGCCAUGCCAUAUCUUCGCCUGCUACGGGAUAAUCGAGCGUAUAGAUACUACUUUUUUUCAUCACUCAUAUCGAUGAUGGGCGACUGGUUCAACGAGCUGGCUUGUCUGACAUUGCUGCAUAGGUUUGGCGCCAGUGGCUUGAUGGUCAGUCUGUACUUGAUAUUGCGCGAGUGCCCGCCCUUCCUGUUCCAACCACUCACUGGCGUGGUGUCUGAUCGAUUCGAUCGUCGACAUAUCAUGAUCGCCACAGACCUGCUGCGCACACUGAUCGUGCCCUUGUUCCUGUUUGUUCGAUCGCCCGACUCAUUAUGGCUGCUCUACUUGCUCGCAUUUCUACAGUUUACAAUUGGCGCAUUCUUCAUGCCGGCCAAAUCGGCAUUGUUGCCUUCGCUUGUCAAGAAGGAUGACCUGAUCACGGCCAAUGCCACCGAGCAGACAUCAUACUCAUCGAUGAUGUUGUUUGGCGCAUCACUUGGUGGCUCUGUCAGCUACAUUCUCGGCACCAAUGCCAACUAUCUCAUCGACAGCAUGACCUACAUUGGCUCAGCAAUCUGUGUAUUCAUUCUCAUCAAGAUUGGCAAUAGUCCAUUAGGCUAUCAAGGUAGCAACGUACAAGGACACGCACCACUUCACUCUCUAGAGGACAAUGAGUACUUGGAGGAAGUGGACCUCGAUGCUGAGGCCGAGGCUGAGGCGGAUAAUGGACCCAAGGCAAUCAUCCUAACCGAAACAAAUAGGUCCAUUCAAACAACAAAACAACAACAAAAUGGACAACGGACGACACAUAAGGUGUGGAGCAGUAUCAAAGAGUACAUGGGAUUAUACCGCCAAGGUCUUAAAUUCCUUGGAGAUAAUCAUUAUAUUUUAUUGAUUGCAUUGACCAAGUCAUGUGGCGCAAUGGUCUGGUCAGGCAUCGACACUGUACUCAUUCGAUUCGCUCAGGUCAAUUUUAAAAUGGGCGAUGAUGGAUCACUCAGCCUUGGCAUCAUCCUAGCAUGUGGAGGACUCGGAGUACUCCUUGUACCCUUUGUCUUUGCUCGAAUUGUCAAAGACACUCCAGAGAAUCACAUCAACAUCCUACGUUAUGGAUAUUUUAUGAAUUGCUUUGGAACAUUCUGGCUGGCAUUCACAUCGACCAACUUCCCAUUGUUCUUGAUAUCCAAUGUGGUGAGAUCAUCUUCAACUUGUGUACUUUGGUUGUAUUCUUCAUCGAUUUUGCAACAGAGAGUGCCGGAUCAUGUUAGGGGUCGAGUCUUCUCGUUUGAAUUUGGUAUUCUACAAGUUGUUGCAGUGUUUGCUCGAUUGGCCACUGGAUUCAUGUUGGACGUUGCACAAUACUCCCCAACAAAGAUCACCUACAUCUAUGGAGGCAUAGGUGCAGUUAUCUUUAUACUCUGGAAUCUAAUUAUUACAAAGUAUAAACAUGUGGCGGCAACGAUGUCGACACAUUAG